CGCGGGGCUGAGGUGAGGCGAGGGAUCGGGAACUUGGAGCCGGCUCUCGGCCCCCGAGUCUCUCUCAUCGGCCAUGGAGAUCGACGCCGCCGCCGCGGGGUGUUCGCUGUGCUGGAGCCUGACGGCCGUCGUCAUCGGCGCUGCACUGUUUGCGGCUUGGAAGCUGGGGCUGAUGCACCAGCUCCGGUACCGGGUGGAACCUGAAAGCCCCAGACAUGGCGGUGAGAGAGUCGCUGAGGUCUUGAAGGCUCAUGGUGUGAAAUACCUCUUCACUUUGGUCGGCGGACACAUAUCACCUAUUCUUGUGGCUUGUGAAAAGAUUGGGAUCCGUGUGGUAGACACCCGGCAUGAAGCCACGGCUGUAUUUGCUGCUGAUUCUGUGGCCAGACUUUCAGGUUCUAUUGGUGUUGCUGCUGUAACAGCUGGUCCUGGUUUAACGAACACUGUGACUGCAAUUAAAAAUGCCCAGAUGGCAGAAACUCCAGUACUGUUGAUUGGGGGAGCAGCUGCAACUCUUUUACAGGGCCGAGGUGCAUUGCAGGAUAUUGACCAACUGUCACUUUUCAAAACUCUCUGUAAAUCCUGUAGUACAGUUCGCACAGUCCGGGACAUUGUUCCAGUGCUCCGCAAGGCUAUUGCAGUGGCUCAGUCUGGAACUCCAGGACCUGUGUUUGUUGAGUUUCCAAUUGAUGUCCUCUACCCAUAUCACGUGGUUCGGAGAGAGGCCGUACCAAAAAGUGAACCCAAAGGACUUGUGGGAAAAGCCAUCAACUGGUAUCUCAAGAACCAUCUAAAUAACCUGUUUGCUGGAGCCUGGGACACAAGAGAUGUCUCUCCUUUGUCGGUGGAUCUUCCCAUAGCCACAGCUGCAGAGGUGCAGUGCUGCAUGGAGAUGGUGAGCAGGUCUAAAAAGCCAGUCAUUCUUCUUGGAAGUCAGGCAACACUCCCACCUACACCAGUGAAUAAAGUCCGGUCAGCGUUGGAAUCUCUGGCAAUCCCCUGCUUCCUGGGAGGCAUGGCUCGAGGAAUGCUGGGCAGGGACAGUCCCAUUCAUAUCCGACAGAACCGAAGGGAUGCUCUUAAAAAAGCUGACUUGGUCAUUCUUGCAGGUACUGUGUGUGAUUUCCGCUUGUCCUAUGGACGCGUCCUAACUAGACGCAGCAAGAUAAUUGCUGUUAACCGUGAUCACUCGCAGCUGCUAAAAAACUCUGAUAUCUUCUGGAAGCCAACAGUUGCUGUGAAAGGAGAUGCUGGUUCCUUUUUGAUUCAGUUGGCAGAAGGGCUAAAGGGCUACCAGGCUCCCAGUGAAUGGACCCAGGAUCUGAAGGAGGGAGAUGUUAAGAAGGAGAAGGCAAAUAGUGAAAAGUCAGAGGAGAAAGUGGAAAAACAUCUGAACCCUUUGAAGGUUCUGCAUCAUGUCGAACGUUUGUUGGAGGAGGAUAGCAUAAUUGUGACUGAUGGUGGUGAUUUUGUGGGCAGUGCUGCUUAUAUCUUGAAACCUCGAGGACCUCUUCGAUGGCUUGAUCCUGGAGCUUUUGGCACACUUGGAGUGGGUGGCGGAUUUGCACUUGGAGCCAAGCUUUGCAGACCAGAGUCUCAGGUUUGGAUCAUUUAUGGAGAUGGUUCCUUGGGCUACAGCAUUGCUGAAUUUGACACUUUUAAACGGCACAAGACUCCUGUAAUUGCUUUGGUGGGAAAUGAUGCAGGCUGGAGCCAGAUUUCUCGAGAACAGGUUCCAUUGCUAGGCAGCAGCGUGGCCUGUGACCUGUCGUACACUGAUUACCACACUGUUGCUCAGGGAUAUGGUGGUAAAGGCUUUUUACUCAACCUGGAGAAUGAAGAGCAAAUGGAUGAUGUAAUAAGAGCUGCUCAGGAGGAGUGUCGGAAUGGGAAUCCAACGCUCAUAAACGUCCUAAUAGGAAAAACAAAUUUCAGGGAAGGUUCUAUGUCUGUGUAAUAACAAGUUCCGUGUGGAUCACGGGUUUGAUGUUUCACGUGUGCCUUGCCUCAUACUCUUGCCGUACUGGGUAUAAAUAUAUAGAAAGCAAAAUGAAGAGUUUUUUUUAAAUCAUGCAAUAACGUUCAAUGCAAAGGGUACUUAAUGCAUAAUUUACCAAAUCAAAGAUUAAUUACACUAAUAACCACUAGAGCUUUGCUUUUCUUGAAAAUAAUAAUCAUUGUAAAUUUGAUGAAUUUUUAGAUUUAAUCCUUCUGUUAUUGCUCCUAAAUUCCUGUGCAGUUUGGAGCCUUGUUCAUCAGUCAUCAAUAGUGGCUUCAUUUACAUAAUCCUGAGGGCUCUGGAAGACCGUCUCAUUUUUUUUUUGGUUCGCCGGAGUCUGGUGUGUAGACUGAGCUUAAGCACAGUGCUGUUCCCUCCCUGGCAAAAGAAAUUACAGGAAUGCUAAAGGGAAACAAGGUGAUCCUAGAUCCUGCAUAAUUCAGAGAGUGGCUAAAAAUAGACCAAGGAUUUUUUUUGUUUUUCAGAUUCUGUUUUGGUUUUGUUCAGUAAGUGCCUGACCUCCACUGUCCAUGGUAUUGUAAUUAAAUUUAUCAAAUGGAUGUUGAGUUGCAGACAUGGCUUGCAUCCCAUUUAUCUGUGGGAUUGUCUGCCGAAAUAAUCCCUAUCAUUUAUUGCACUUCUGGAGGUCAUUAAAAUUCUUUUCUCUGUCCUUUCUCUCCAUUCUCUUACAUUCAUUUUCAGGCAUGUAUCAUUUAAAGAAGGAAAAUAAUUUUAGUUUCAUUAGUGAUGAGGUAAAACCAUUGAAUGUUUAAAGCAGAUUUCUCCCAACUUCUUCCUUUCUCCUUUAGUGAUGAAUUCCAAGUUUCUGGACAUUGGGAAUUCACUGCUAAUUGGUACAGUCUUUCAUCAAUGAUCAUGAAUAUGGAAAAAAAUAACGGAUGGACUGUAACUUCUUGGUCCUUUGUUGCUCAAUGGCAGUUUGAAAACCACAGGGGAGAGAAUGUAAGAAAUAGAAGCAGGAGUGUGCUCCUCAUGCCUGUUCCGCCAUUCAAUAAGAUCAUGGCUGAUCUUCUACCUCAGUGCAACUUUCCUGCACUAGCCACAUAUCCUCUGAUUCCCUUAUUUUCUGAACGUUUUAAUCUCUUGUCAGCAAAUGAGGCCCUCUUGAGUAGAGCACUCCAAUGAUUCUCUACCAUCUAGGUGAAGAAAUUUCUUCUCAUCUCAGUCAUGAAUGGUGCAGCUUAUUUUAUUAAUGUGAUUCCUGGUUCCAGGUACCCCAGCCAGGGGAAAUGGAAACUCUGUGAUACUGUGUACGUUUCAAUGAGAUCACCUCUCAGUCUUCAAAACUCUAGACCUUAUAAAUUUGGUCUACUUAACCUCUUUUCAUGUGCCACUCCAGGAAUUAAUCUGAUGAUCCUUUGCUCCGUCCUCUCUAUUGUAGUUAUAUCCUCCCUUGGGAGGGAGGUUAAAUUUGUACAAUAGUCCAGAUGCACACGUCAGGGUCCUAUAUAAUUGGAGCAAGGCAACUCUACUCUUGUAGUAAAGUGCCUUACUAAAGGCCAACAUUACUGUUCGUCUUCCUAAUUACUUGCUGUACCUGUAUGUAAACUUUUAAUGAUCCAUAUACAUAACACCCAAAUCCCUCUGAGCACCAACACCUUUCAAUCCAUUAUCAUUUUCAAAAAAAUUGUAUUUUCUCCAUUGAAGUAGAUAGCCUCACAUUCUUCCAUAUUGUCUUCCAUCUUCCAUAUUCUCGUCUGUUCACUUGGUCUGUCUAUAUCACCUUGAAGCAUGACUCUAUCUUCUUCAGAGCCCUCACUGCCACCUAGUUUUGUAUCAUUAACAAAUUAUGAACAGAAGCUUUGCCAGUAAGGAAGGAUCUUGCAAGCAAAAGCUUGUAAAGGACUUGGUAGUUUUUAGUCUCUCUACAGGCCACAUAUAUAUCCUUUGCUUUCCCAUUAUGUAGCUGAUGUUAGCUGUAUCUUUGUGAAAUUCUGAUUCAUUUAGCCAUUUACACGACUUAAAGCUUUUUGAACAAUCAGGUUUAAGAUCUGAUCCAUGUCUUGACUCACGUACUCUCGGAAUUUCAAGGCUUAAAUGCCUCUAACCCAAAGACAAGGUAUAAAAUUGGAAGCAUCUGAAGGUCCUCAACAGGCUGGUCAGAGUUUAUUGGGGACAUGGUUAUAUUCGAUUUUUUUCUUCUUUGCUUCUAUUUUGAAAGGUGUUGUGAGAUGUAUGGGAGCUGAGAACAAAAAUAUUGGUUUCGCCCUUUUCUGUGAUGAUUUUCUAAAAUGGUCAGUGCACAUUAAUGUGCUUGUCCUAUCUGUUCUGUACUCAAUAUACAGAUCAUUAGAAAAUGGGAUCAAGAUGCCAAAGUUUCCAUGGAGUGAGCACCUAACUCCCAUUUUAUCUAAGCUCAGUUGUGGAUUGACAGCUCUGGUCCUCAUCUAGGUUGCAGAUGCUGGUAUGUUAACUUCCAUGUAAGUGUCCAUUCCUGGUGCUCCAAAAGUGACCAGAUAGGUCAACAAGGCAAUUGAUUUAAUGGUGUCUCAGUCCAAAAAAAAUCCAUGUUCAACAAUCCGUUCACCCAGUGUAGAAUAAAACUAUUUACAUUUUUGUAAUAACUGUAAUUUCUUAUUCCUGUUGCAAUUGUAUUUUCUUUGUAGUCUUUCCAUAGAUUCAAUGGUUUUGUUGUUACCAAAACCAGCUGUGUUUUUUUAAAAUUACAGAUUAUUAACUGAAUUUAAAUUCCACAGCUAUCACGAAGGGGUUUCUGCUCAGGUUUUUGGAUUGUUAGUUCAGAUCUCUGGGUUACUUGUCUCAUUACUUAACACUAGUCUACCACUAUACGCGCAUGAAUCUGCAUCAAUCUAUAUGUGGUCAAUCUGUUCUUCCUACAGUUGUCAGCAUUCUGCCUCACAAUUUACCAUUCCUCUUAAUUUAGUGGAAUCUGACCCACUUCCCAUAAUUAAUUACAGUCCCUUUCACUUAAGUCAUCCUGAUUUUAUCAGUGGUGCUUUGUUGGAAAUGUGAUCGUGUAUUUUCCCUAACAAGUGUGAGUGGUGAUGGUCUGAAACUUGUUGCGUGAGGGGUGGUAGAGGCAGGACCCCUCAUUACAUUUAAAAAGUACCUGGUUGUGUACUUUGAGCUGACAACCAAGUGCUGGAAGGUGAGGUCAGAUUGGAUGGAUUUUUUUUGACCAACACAGAUGCAGUGGCUUCCCGGGCUGUAAGUUUUCUGUGACUCUGAAGCAGGUUGCUUUGCAUUUGCAUUUAGAUGUCAGCAAUGUUUCUUCCUGAGUUAAUGCUUUGAAUUCUUUAUCUUUAUGUGACGUUGACCACCUGUUGAACUUUGGCUAGAUGGCUGAACGGUUUUUAAUUUUUGUGGUUGAGCAUGAGAAAAGCAAUAGAAUAUCUUUGAUUGCAACAGUUAGACCCUUCAACUUUUCCUGUGUCAUGAAAUCCUGAGGGUAGGUUGCAUGGAUUGGCUCACUGAACUGCUCUUGCUGAGGGAUUCCAUAUUUUCUAGAUUAUUUUUAAGUUCAUUGGACAUUAUAUUCAAUGAAUAAAGGUUUCAAAUAUUGAAUAUCAGUUUACAAUAAUGGGUUUCAGAUUAUGCAGAGGACUUUUCAUGUGACUGGGGAUUAGUUGAUUUUAAGGUUAUCUGAAAUCAAUCCUAUAGGAUAUUGAUGGAGUUUUGGUGAUUUUUUUAAGGCUUCUUGAUAGAGAUGAUAGCAUUUGCUCAUGGGUUAGUCAUUUACGGAUUACUAAUUGGUGUAAUACUAUUGGGAUAGUGUACUUGGAUGAAGCUUGUGGCACAGAGGAUUGCUGGUGUAACUAGAAAAUGGUGACCAAAUCCCAGAAUGGCUAGUUACUCAGGUUCCCAGUCUUGGAGGGAGUUCUCCCCUCACCCUGGGUUCCCAAUACUUGUAUCUGGUUUUCUGCUAAGUGACAGUGAGAUCUCUGGGGUUCACCCUGCCUUAAUCUAAUGAGAUCCCCUAGGCUCCCUCUGUUUCAGUUGAGACAGCCUCUCUUAGGCUGUCUCAACUGCAACAACAGAUUAAGAUCCUCCCCCACCCAGGUUCCCUCAGUCAAGGAAGUAGCCAGCACCCCUUGACUUACAGGCUUUAUGACUCCAGUAACUUUUGUCAUGUAUUUGGUAGGCCUGGUUUUCCUCAAGACUGAAGUAAAGCAUAGCUUCUCCCAUGAACUGUGGGUUUUACCAGUCUUUGGAAGACCACCAACUUGGAUGAGAAUGCCUGUCUUGAGAGAGAAUUUGGUAAAUGGCUUCCAAGUGCAACAUUAACACAAGGAACCAAGGUUCAUAGAGAAAUGGAUUACUUCUGAACCUCAAAUCAGUUGAUUAGAACUAAGGGAACUUUUUACAAAAAAAUCCUGCAUAGAAUCAAUAAUAGGAAAUUGUGAGCUGUAUUGUUCUACCUCCAUUUAAUGCUGUGUUUUAGUACUGUACCUUUACUGCACAUUAAAAUUGUUUAAUUCAACCCAA